CUUUACUACGCGCGGAGACACAAGCAGUAUGAUGCCUAAUUCCCCAUCGGCGGCAGUAAUCUAAAAGAGCUGUGCCGCCUAGCGCCGGAGUUCCCGAAAGGAACCCUGGGGAUUGGGAUCAUGGUUAAAUUCUAGCGAGAGAACGAUCCCUUCUAGACCUAUUUCAAUCUACUAUAAGUUCUCGUCAUCGUAAAGCAGACUCGAUUCAACAGCAGCAUACGAUUCUCGACAAGAUGGAUACUGCUGAUCUUCAGGAGCAUUUUCGCAGCGAGGUAGAUGUGCUAAAGUCAGUAGACAAGAGUAUCUAUUCUUCGAAGGCUGGUUCGUCCCGCACACAGAGUGAUGAGCAGUUGUUAGCACGUUUUGGCAAGAAACAACAGUUUAAGAAGCAGAGGAAUUUCAAUCUUCUUACAGUAGUUGCACUAUGUACCACUAUUAGUACGCUCCCACCUUUUCAUCAGGCGCUGCACGGCAUACAACUUGCACUUUUUAACGGUGGUUCGACUGGGAUUGUUAUAUCAAUACCAUUAGUAUUCUUAGGAGUUUUGAUGCAAGCGCUCGUGGUCGCUGAGCUCUCGUCAAUCAGGAUUCCACUCUCGGGAGGUCAAUACAACUGGGUCGCCAUACUUGCAUCGAAACGAUACUCCAACUUUUUAUCCUAUUUCACGGGAUGGAUACUUAUUGUCGCGUGGCAAGCUGGAGCCACCAGUGUUAUCUACCAGGUCUCAAAUGUGAUUGUGACACUUGCUUACGCUGUUCAUGCAGAUACCGAGAUCAGUGAGUGGAAAGUGACACUGGUGUUUUGCGCCAUUAUCGCAUUCGCUGUGUUCGUUACUACAGUCCUUGGUCGCGUUCUUCCAGCGAUUGAAUCUUUCGCAUUCGUCGUUUUAGUCAUGGGGUUCUUUAGUAUCAUCAUAGUGCUCGCCUACCUUGCACCAAAAUUGGACAGCUCAUCGGUAUUCAACAAUUAUUUUAAUGGUGGAGAAUGGGCUUCAAACGGAUACGCAGUAGCGAUCGGAUCUGUUCCAUUCAUGUACGGGUUUAAUGGAUUUGACGCUGGUGUUCACAUCGCCGAGGAGGUACAAAAUGCUGCAGUGGUGAUUCCAAAGGCUAUUAUCAUUACCGUUAUCGUUUACUUUGUCAUGAUCUACUCCACAGCCAUAUCUGUACUGUACUGUUUCUCACUUGAGCAAGCUUUGACAUCUCAUUACUCAAUACCAAUCAUCGAAGUGUUUCAGAAGGUCACAAAGUCGAAUGCUGGUGCAGCAGCCCUUGUCUCGCUUUCGAUCAUUAUGUUGAUAUUUGGCUCUAUUGGCUGCUUAACAACCGGAUCUCGCAUGUUAUGGGCAUUUGCGCGUGAAGAGGGGGUUCCGUUGUCACAUUGGAUUGCAAAAAUCGAGCGUCGAUCAAAAUUGCCACUUUAUUCAAUUGGUACCACUGCUAUCAUUUGUGUACCCUUUGCAUUGAUUGGCCUUGGCUCCGAGGCUGCAUUCAACGCAUUUACCGGUUUAACUCUGGCUGCAUUCUACACGGCAUUUAUUGUGGCCGCUUCCACCCUGUUGUAUCGAAGACUCACUACCUCAGCUUCUAAUCUACCAUGGGGCCCCUUCCGUUUAGGCCCUCUCGGAAUUCCUAUAACGAUCAUAUCUAUCUUGUACAGUCUGGUCAGCAUAGUCUUCUCGUUCCAUCCCCCAGUCGCCAAGGUCGAGGUUGCUACAUUUAACUGGUCACUUGUUGUGUACCUUGGAGUUGUUUUCCUCUCUGUUGUCUGGUGGUUGGUCCGCGCAAAGCAUACAUAUAAAGGACCAAAGAUAGAAGUUUUAACCCAAGAAUGGUUGAAUAUGGGCGUUGAUACAAAGAGUAGCCUAAGAAAUUAGUAUGAC